GUGAAGCCCACGAGGCCCAUGAUCAUCAAAGACAACCAGCACAUUUCAUCCUUAACAACCAAACACCGACCUCCGAGUGAGAAGUAAAGAAAGAAAAGUGAUGGAUUCUUACAACACAACAAAACAAAAAAACUGGAAAAACUCUCUAUUGUACCUAACCUUCAUUGUUGCAAUUCUUCACCUUAUACAUCAAAGCCAUUUCUCACGUAAAUUAAUCAUUGGCAAUGAAAAAGUGCACAUCAAGAAAAACCCUCAACUUCCUCUCCGGUUCCGUUCCGACGGUACCUUCAAAAUUCUCCAAGUGGCUGAUAUGCAUUAUGGAAGUGGAACUAUAACACGGUGUAGGGAUGUGUUGGCUUCUGAGUUCGAGUUUUGUUCUGAUCUUAAUACUACUAUGUUUUUGAAACGGAUUAUUCAAGCUGAGACUCCUGAUUUUAUUGCGUUUACUGAGCAGACCAACCUUGUUGCACGAGGAAUUGGUCAGUCUAGCGGUUGGUUCAACCAAGGAGAUAACAUAUUUGGAUCAAGUGCUCCUGAUGCUGCAGAAUCUCUGUUUGAAGCCUUUGGUCCUGCCAUGGAAUCAGGACUUCCUUGGGCUGCUAUUUUGGGAAACCAUGACCAAGAAUCAACUAUGAAUCGUGAAGAAUUAAUGUCCUUAAUCUCCCAUAUGGAUUAUUCAGUCUCACAAAUCAAUCCAUUGGCUGAUAGUCUUACUGAUUCGGCUAAAAUUGAUGGCUUUGGAAAUUAUAACCUAAGAGUAUAUGGUGCCCCAGGUUCCAUUCUAGCAAACAGCAGUGUUUUGAAUCUUUUCUUUCUUGACAGUGGCGAUAGGGCUGUUUAUCAGGGAAUUCGAACUUAUGGAUGGAUCAAGGACUCCCAACUUCAAUGGAUGCGUCGUGUUUCUCAUGAACUCCAGGGACAAGAGCAAGAUCCUCUUCAUCCUACACCGCCGGCGCUUGCAUUUUUCCAUAUUCCGAUCCCAGAAGUCCGACAGCUGUUUUACAAAGAAAUUGUAGGCCGAUUUCAAGAGGGUGUAGCUUGUUCGCGGGUGAACUCACCUGUUUUACAGACCUUUGUCUCCAUGGGAGAUGUGAAGGCCGUGUUCAUAGGCCACGACCACAAAAACGACUUCUGUGGAAACUUGGACGGCAUAUGGUUUUGUUACGGAGGUGGCUUUGGUUACCAUGGCUAUGGAAAAGUUGGGUGGCCAAGGAGGGCAAGGAUUAUCCUAGCUGAACUUCAGAAGGGAAAAAUGUCCUGGACAAGUGUGCAGAGAAUCAUGACUUGGAAAAGACUUGAUGAUGAGAAGCUGAGCAAGAUUGAUGAACAAAUCCUAUGGAAUCGAUAGCUUCCUAGAUGAGCAUGGUACUAUUACUCUGCUGACUGCUACAUUACACGUAUAGUAUCUGUAUUGUAUAUUUGUGUAGUUUACAGUAUCAGUCUUUUUGUUCAUUGUUGUUUGGUAAUAACCCUCUUGUAAUCAAGAUUGAUGGAAGUGUUUAGCUCAAAUUCUUUCCUAAUAUCAUGGUUAAUGCUCAUUGAAAUGGUAGAGAAUUA